UGUGUGUGUGUGUGUGUGUGUGUGUGUGUGUGUGUGUGAUAGAGCGUCAUUCUCCUCCUUUCUUCCUUUCACUGAACGCUCAUCACUUGUGAGCAGCGGCGCCCUGAAACACCCCGAAGUUUCUACUACUUCUCCGGCUUAAUCCAGCUCCACUCUCCGGCUAAAUCCCCUUCCCUUUCUCCCGGUUUUUAUUCCUCCCUUCAUCCUCCACUUUCCGGAGGAUUCAGCCGGGGUGUGCUGCCUGCUAACACUGGGCGUAGCUGGGUAGGAUUGUGUGCUAGCUCGCCUCUGCACCGACUGACCAGACCUCGUUGUCUCCAGAAAUCCUGCAUACCCUUGGCCAUCCUGCGAGAUUUACGUCGGCCCUGCCUUGCAGAGACGGACCACCGACAACAGAGGGGAGAUGAAGCCGGAUGGGGUUGCCACGGCAACGCAAGAGCCAAUGGAAACACUGGAAUCCAACCCGGUGAAUGAGGCAGAUGGACUGGAGGGCAACCAGGCCGCCAGCCCGGUGACGGAGGAGGUGUCACAGCCCACCAUAGAAGAGACGGGGGACGCAAAGCCAAACCAGGCUAAGGAGACCCCCGCUAAGACUAACAACAAGACUACAGGAGACCCCAAAGCCAAGACUACCAACAAGGCCCCGUCCAACAAGACAAAACCCGGCACCACGGCCCCAAGUAAGACCUCAACCGGGUCCAAGACCAACACAACUCAGAGCCGCCUCUCAAACGGCACGACUAAGCCCCAGACUAACGGCGUGGCGAAGAAACCCGCCCCCGCCGCAGUUAAAAAGAACACCCCCACAACAGCCGCUGUCAAAAAACCAACAGGCACGACCCCGUCCCCGGCCCUGAAGAGCAAAGUGGGUGAGAAGAAACCCACGGGGGCGUCUCCCGCCACCAACGGAGUGAAGUCGAUGACCGGAACAACCGCGGCCAAGAGGCCAGCGCCCGCUCCCGCUAACGGUGUCAAAACCAGCAGCAUCACCGCGGCCCCCGCUAAGAAGCCUCUAGCUCCUAAGACUGCCUGUGCAACUCCCACCAAGCCCCCUGUUUCCAAGACAACAAGGUGGCUCGGCACUGAAGGAGCCUUUGUGUGA